AUGGCUGACAACCUGCCUGGUGAAAUACCGGCUCUUCUGGCAGCCAACAACAACACCUGGCAACCCUUCCCUCAUGGAAACCAGCAAGAUGAGCCGGUGCCGGGACCGGGCACAUACUACCUCCAAGGGGGGCCAAACCAAACCCCUGCUCCCGAGGGCGUGGAGGAAGUCCAAGCUUCGCAUUGGUUCAGAACAAGGCUUUUGACCGAGAACGACAUCAGCCAACUCACUAGUCUCCAACUCAUCACCCAUUCUCACAACCGAAAUGUUCAACAUGACGACUGGGCUGGAGUUUUGACUUGGUUUGAGCUUGCUAUUCAUAAGGGGAAUAGCGAUGAAGUCAAGAAACUUCCCAGUGGCCAAUCGUUGGCGUGGUUCAGUCACAGAAACUGGUUCGGGGUCAACGAACACAAAUGGUGUCGGGGCCGAAUGUUUACGAAAGAUGACGAGAUAUUCCAGCAUCUCAAGAUCGGAGAUUCCAUCUCUGUUCGGAUGUCUGCUGGUCCCCAUCGUAGAAAUCAUGCCAGCGAAGGAUACCUGGCUUUGGGGUUUGGUAGAGCGCAUCAGACACCUACGCUCCCAGCAGAUCAACCACCGCCUAUCAUCUCGGUGUAUGCCCAGAAGCGGCAGGAAUGUUUCAUGGUCCCAGCAGACGUCCCUUCAAAGGUGGAAGCAACCAUUAUCCAUGAUGGAAUCGAUCUGAUGGGUCGGCUACUGAAGCCGCAAGACAAUGACUGGACAGUGCGGUGCCAUCCACUACCACCAGUUCACCAGCCUACUCAGGAACCAGACUUUGAUUCCACCACAGAGCUGACCAAAAACGAGAAGGGCACCAAACCUUCCCUUCGAGUUGUCAAGCAGUCUACCAUCAACUGGAGACUUCAGAGCGCCGGCAACAACAAUGUGCCCCAGGAUUUGCCACCAAGGAUCACCGUCUGGGAUGACUCUGGGGUUGAGGACAAUGCCGAGUUCGCUAUCAGGGAACCUCACGGGGAAGUCCUGAUCUAUCAGAUGCAUGCGCCUCUGUGGACUGGUGCACUUUGGGACAAAAUUAUUGCACCCCCAGAACAGCAGAGCCUUUCGACUAUCCUCGUGAUUGACGCCGACGAUCUUCGUGCCAAUGAAAUUCGCAUCUCUCGUGGUAUAUCUUGGGAAAAGACAAUGGAGCAUCUUCGAUCAAAACUCGCCAGAAUCACCUUUCCGAUGCCCCAAGAAGUAAAAGAGAGGGUGCAUUUGCUUGUGCGCUGCGGCUACGAGGGUGUCCUCCACGUACCACCAAGUACCCUGGGUGCAGACACUCGACCAUUCGUCUUCCACAUGGUGCCAGACAUGGCAGAGGGCGACCUCCUGCAGCCCUAUCAGGGACGGAUGCCGGGCAUCCACCUGGCUUUUGUUUCUGGGCUGGCAGCAUCUCUCGCCAGAGAACCCGUCAUAGCCCCCGAGACAAUGGGCCGCACACAGGUGGGGACGGCUAUCGAGCUCGCCAUCAUCUGGUCCCAUCGGUUCGCAACCGUGGGGUUCUGCAAGGACAUCAAUGGCGGUUUGAAUUAUCCCAAAGCCAAGAGCCUCAACAACUACCAAGCGUCCAAGACCAAGAUCAUAUAUUGUGAUCGAAACGGGAUGGCCGACGAUGGGAGAUGGUCCCUUUUCAGACUGCCUCGUAGAGAGCGAAGGUUCACCGCUGCUGAAGUAGUCAACCUAGGGACAAAGUACCUCGACGCCAUCGUUCCAACGGCCCUGUUCGGCAAGUUGAAAGCCGCAGAUCGAACAGAGAUUGAAGGUUACCGAUCCACUGCCGCCGUGGUCCAUGAGUAUCUGCGUUGCAAGACAGAUAAGCCACUAUCGAUUGCGGUCUUUGGGCAGCCAGGUGCUGGAAAGUCCUUUGGUAUAAAGGAGGUCAUGAAGGCACUGGUCGAAGACUUUACCAAGAAGAAGUGUGAGCCGAUCGAAGCCAACCUUUCUCAGUUCUUGGAGUACUCGGACUUGGUUGGCAUCUUCCGCAAUAUCAGGGACAAAUCACUCAAGGGCGAAAUUCCAGUUGUGCUGUUUGAUGAGUUUGAUUCUGCCCUCCAUGAGAAAGCGCUGGGCUGGUUGAAGUACUUCCUGGCACCUAUGCAGGAUGGCCAAUUCCUUGACGCCGGCGUCAUCCGAGCCCUUGGACGGGCCAUCUUUAUUUUCAUCGGCGGGACCUCGAGCACAUUCAAGAACUUCAAAAAUAGCAGAGACGAGCCCCCGCCGAACGAUAUCGACCCCGACGAUAACGAAAACCUCAACUAUAACGACGACGACGUCGACAAUGACGAGGAGCACCAACCCGACCACAAUGAUGAAAACAACCAGGAUCCAGACCCGGACCGAGUUCGCCAAGACAGGCAGGCAAAGAAGCCCGACUUCGUCAGCAGAUUGAGCGCACACAUUGACAUCAAGGGUCCAAACAGAGUCAGGCCCAACAGGGAUAGAAUGUUCAUCGUGCGACGAGCUAUCCUACUUGCAAGUAUGCUGAAAAGGCGCUUUGAUGUAGAUGUCGACAGACUGAACGUGCAUGGGGGGGUUACUAAAGCGCUAUUGAACCAUGGGCGCUACCCCCACGGAACUCGCUCGAUGGAGCUGAUUUUACAAACGAGCAGGCUCUCUGGUCGUAACACGUUUGAGACAUCCGCUCUAGCCUCGGAUGAUCAACUUAUCAUGCACGUGCGCAACACUGAUCCCUUCCAUUUCCUGGUUGACCACGGGCCGAUGUGGUUACCAGAUUUCCGUCCGAUUGACGUCGAUUUGUACAUCAAAUGGAUGUGGGCUAGGAUGCAGACCGAAAUGGUACCUAAUUAG